GCUGUUGAUGGGUGUUUGGGGUGGCGCUGGCGGCGGGAGGAGCUCCCCGGAGCCCCUGCGCCUCCUGCCCAUUGCUAGUUAUGGCAAAUGGUGGCGGCGGCGGCGGCGGCGGCGGCGGCGGCGGCGGAGGCGGCAGCAGUCUUAGAAUGAGUAGCAAUAUCCACGCGAACCAUCUCAGCCUAGACGCGUCCUCCUCCUCUUCUUCUUCCUCUUCCUCCUCCUCCUCGUCCUCUUCCUCGGUCCACGAGCCCAAGAUGGAUGCGCUUAUCAUCCCGGUGACCAUGGAGGUGCCGUGCGACAGCCGCGGCCAGCGCAUGUGGUGGGCUUUCCUGGCCUCCUCCAUGGUGACUUUUUUCGGGGGCCUCUUCAUCAUCUUGCUCUGGCGGACGCUCAAGUACCUGUGGACCGUCUGUUGCCACUGCGGGGGCAAGAGCAAGGAGGCCCAGAAGAUUAACAAUGGCGCUACUCAGGCAGAUGGCACCCUCAAACCAGUGGAUGAAAAAGAGGAGGCGGUGGCAGCAGAAGUUGGCUGGAUGACCUCUGUGAAAGACUGGGCGGGAGUGAUGAUAUCUGCCCAGACAUUAACUGGCAGAGUCUUGGUUGUCUUAGUCUUUGCUCUUAGUAUUGGGGCCCUUGUCAUAUACUUCAUAGAUUCAUCAAACCCAAUAGAAUCCUGUCAGAAUUUCUACAAAGAUUUCACAUUACAGAUCGACAUGGCUUUCAACGUGUUCUUCCUUCUCUACUUUGGCCUGCGGUUUAUUGCAGCCAACGAUAAGCUGUGGUUUUGGCUGGAAGUGAAUUCAGUAGUAGAUUUCUUCACAGUCCCUCCAGUCUUUGUGUCAGUGUAUUUAAACAGAAGUUGGCUUGGUUUGAGAUUUCUGAGAGCUCUCAGGCUGAUACAGUUUUCAGAAAUUCUGCAGUUUCUGAAUAUUCUUAAAACAAGUAAUUCUAUCAAGCUGGUGAAUCUGCUCUCCAUAUUUAUCAGCACAUGGCUGACAGCAGCUGGGUUCAUACAUUUGGUGGAGAACUCAGGGGAUCCAUGGGAAAAUUUCCAAAAUAACCAAGCUCUAACAUAUUGGGAAUGUGUCUAUUUACUAAUGGUUACAAUGUCCACUGUUGGUUAUGGGGAUGUUUAUGCAAAAACCACCCUUGGCCGUCUCUUCAUGGUCUUCUUCAUCCUCGGGGGACUGGCCAUGUUUGCCAGCUACGUCCCUGAAAUCAUAGAGUUAAUAGGAAACCGCAAGAAAUACGGUGGUUCCUAUAGUGCGGUUAGUGGAAGAAAGCAUAUCGUUGUCUGUGGGCACAUCACUCUGGAGAGCGUGUCCAACUUCCUGAAGGACUUUCUGCACAAAGACCGGGAUGACGUCAACGUGGAGAUUGUCUUUCUUCACAAUAUUUCCCCAAAUUUGGAGCUUGAAGCUCUCUUCAAACGUCACUUUACUCAGGUGGAAUUUUAUCAGGGUUCAGUCCUCAAUCCACAUGACCUGGCAAGAGUCAAGAUAGAGUCAGCAGAUGCGUGCCUAAUCCUUGCCAAUAAAUACUGCGCUGACCCGGAUGCUGAAGAUGCCUCCAACAUCAUGAGAGUAAUUUCCAUAAAGAACUACCAUCCGAAGAUCAGAAUUAUCACCCAGAUGCUACAGUAUCACAACAAGGCCCAUCUGCUAAACAUCCCGAGCUGGAAUUGGAAAGAAGGAGAUGACGCAAUCUGCCUUGCUGAACUGAAGCUAGGAUUCAUAGCCCAGAGCUGCCUGGCUCAAGGCCUCUCCACAAUGCUCGCCAAUCUCUUCUCCAUGAGGUCAUUCAUAAAGAUUGAGGAAGACACAUGGCAGAAAUACUACUUGGAAGGAGUCUCCAAUGAAAUGUAUACAGAAUAUCUUUCUAGUGCCUUCGUGGGUCUGUCCUUCCCUACAGUUUGUGAACUGUGCUUUGUGAAGCUAAAGCUCUUAAUGAUAGCCAUAGAGUACAAGUCCGCCAAUCGAGAGAGCCGCAUAUUAAUUAAUCCUGGAAACCAUCUCAAAAUCCAAGAAGGUACUUUAGGAUUCUUCAUUGCAAGUGAUGCCAAAGAAGUCAAGAGGGCAUUUUUUUACUGCAAAGCCUGUCAUGAUGACAUCACAGAUCCCAAAAGGAUAAAAAAAUGUGGCUGCAAACGGCUUAAGGAUGAAGCCAAAUCACGUUACCCCAAACGCGCAUUUGAGCUCCAGAACGCAACUUCAAAAUCACAUCUUGUGGCCAAGCCAGUUGAAGAUGAACAGCCGUCAACGCUGUCACCCAAAAAAAAACAGCGGAAUGGAGGAAUGAGGAACUCGCCCAACUCCUCACCUAAGCUGAUGAGACACGACCCUUUGUUAAUUCCUGGCAAUGAUCAGAUAGACAAUAUGGACUCCAAUGUGAAAAAGUAUGACUCUACAGGGAUGUUCCACUGGUGUGCAGCCAAAGAGAUCGAAAAAGUCAUUCUGACUCGGAGUGAAGCUGCCAUGACCGUUCUGAGUGGACAUGUGGUGGUCUGCAUCUUUGGUGAUGUCACAUCAGCAUUGAUUGGCCUCCGGAACUUAGUGAUGCCUUUGCGUGCAAGCAAUUUUCACUACCACGAACUGAAGCACAUUGUGUUUGUGGGUUCCAUUGAGUACCUCAAGAGAGAAUGGGAAACACUCCAUAACUUUCCCAAAGUUUCAAUAUUGCCUGGUACACCAUUAAGUCGGGCUGAUUUAAGGGCUGUCAACAUCAACCUCUGUGACAUGUGCGUUAUCCUGUCAGCCAAUCAGAAUAAUAUUGAUGAUACUUCGCUGCAGGACAAGGAAUGCAUCCUGGCGUCACUCAACAUCAAAUCUAUGCAGUUUGAUGACAGCAUUGGGGUCUUACAGGCUAAUUCCCAAGGAUUCACCCCACCAGGAAUGGACAGGUCAUCCCCCGACAACAGUCCAGUUCAUGGGAUGUUACGUCAGCCAUCCAUCACCACUGGGGUUAACAUCCCCAUCAUCACUGAACUAGCGAAGCCUGGCAAACUUCUGCCUUUGGUUUCAAUCAAUCAGGAAAAAAACAGUGGGACGCACAUUCUCAUGAUAACUGAACUGGUGAAUGAUACUAAUGUUCAGUUUUUGGACCAAGACGAUGAUGAUGACCCAGAUACGGAGCUGUAUCUCACACAGCCGUUUGCAUGUGGGACAGCCUUUGCCGUUAGUGUCCUGGACUCACUUAUGAGUGCGACAUACUUCAAUGACAAUAUCCUUACCCUGAUCCGGACUCUGGUCACGGGAGGAGCAACUCCAGAGCUGGAAGCCCUGAUUGCUGAGGAAAAUGCCUUACGAGGUGGCUACAGCACCCCCCAGACACUGGCCAACAGGGAUCGAUGUCGGGUUGCACAGUUAGCCCUGCUGGAUGGGCCUUUUGCAGAUUUAGGGGAUGGUGGUUGUUAUGGUGAUCUAUUUUGUAAAGCAUUGAAGACCUACAAUAUGCUUUGCUUUGGAAUUUACCGGCUGAGAGAUGCCCAUCUCAGCACACCGAGCCAAUGCACCAAACGAUACGUCAUCACCAACCCUCCAUAUGAGUUUGAGCUUGUGCCGACCGACCUGAUCUUUUGUUUGAUGCAGUUUGACCACAAUGCUGGACAGUCCAGGGCCAGCCUCUCUCACUCCUCCCAUUCCUCCCAGUCCUCCAGCAAGAAAAGUUCCUCUGUUCACUCCAUCCCCUCCACGGCAAAUCGGCAGAACCGCCCCAAGUCCAGGGACUCUCGGGACAAACAGAAUGCAACAAGGAUGAAUAGAAUGGGUCAAGGUAUGAUAAUUAAUGGUUCUGCAUGCCCUAGCCUCUGCUGUGGGUUCUUCUAUAACGCUGUCCUUGUGAAAAUUUGUGAAAUUAAAAACCAACAACAACAACAAACAAACAAAAAAAAAGGAGUUAUAAACUUUAUUCUGUUAUUGCUUUGUUUAUUUUCUUGUUAUUUUGGUGGUUUUAUUUCUCUUUGCUUCCUCCUCCUCCCCAGCUUCCUCUGUCCCUUCCCUUGCCCUCCUCCAUCUCACAGGUCCCCAACAGCAACAAGGCUGUCCUCCUGCUGCUGCUAGAUUUCCCCUCUCUCUUUCCAGAUGUUUUGGGUUUUUUAUUUUAUUUUAUUUUUUUGUUGUUUUUUCCCUCAUGGGAUCCAUCUCUCUCCAGCUUGCCUUUAAUGUGCACGUGUCCUCACUGUCCCACCUUGGUACCUCCCUCAAAAUCCAAAGUCAUCUCCCUCUCAUGACUCCCCGCUUCAUUCAGUCUUCUCCCCAUCAUCCCACCCUCAACAUCAUCAGUCUGUCCACAUCUAUGAACAUCUCUCUGUUUAUCUUGGCAAUAGCUACUGAAUCCAGUCAUGAUGCCAGUUGAUAAACCUUUUUUUGGAAAACAUAUGCAGCUUUUCCAUCUGGCAAACCUGCUUUUCUGUUAACUUUUUCUUCCUUUUUUUUUAAAAAUCUAUUUGGAAGCAGAAGGAACGAUUUUGAAUGACCAAAAGGAAUGUUCACACGUGUGUUAGUUUGCUAUGCCCUCGAUUUAGAAGUGAUUUGACUAGACAUAUAAGACUUUGGUCCACUCUCAAUUAUUUAGAUACUGAUUUUUGGGUUUGGGCAUUAAAUAUAUACCUCUCUCCUGCCUUUUCAAUGUGUUGCUGCCCACAGUGAAUUCUGAUCAGAGGCUGGGUGCACACAAAGGGGGAAUUGAUUCAAUUUCAAAAGAAUGACAUUGUGGUUCCUUGUUAGUCACUCUAAUGAGGUUUGAUGGGGAUGAAGUGAGAACUCUCCUCAGAGAAGAGAUUUGGGGAUUAUCUGGAUAUUUUAUUAAACCUGUGAGCUGACCCUGUUCUCCAUUAACACAGAUAAUUGAGAGUUGACUCUGUUUGUAUAAUGGUGUGUUCAGUGUUGCUGCUGGAAGGGAAUUCAAUUCAAAAAACAUAAAUUAAGCAAUUUUAUUUACUGUAGAGCCCUACUAAACCAGUGAGAUAAUUGCAGCAAACUAUGCCUUCCAAGAACCAAAAAUGCCCUCCCCAUCACUCUUUGCUACCUUCCCCAGUAGAUUUUUACAUUCCUUUUUCAGGGUGUAUUUGUCUACUCAGGGAAAGGGGUACACGUGCCUUGUACCUUCUCAUACUCAUUUCAAAAGCAACAAACAACAACAAAAACAGACAUACAAACUAAAAACCAAAUAAGGAGUUGAGAGUUAAAAGCCCCAUAGUUAUUUUGAAAACAAACAGUACCUUUUGAAGAAUAAAUACUAGAAACUCACUUAAUGACUUCCUCUAGUCUAAGACAAAAACCAUUCUCUAUUCAUUCAGUCUGACUUGCUUUGACUUUGAAAACAGACCAUCAAAUGAUUUUAUGGGAUACAAAAUACUGUAAAAUCUUGUCAAUCCUAAAAUGCAAAGGGAUUGAUUAAAUCAUUAGU